GUUCGUUCGUUCAAUUUAGUGAUUAGUUCAAACGAACUUGAUCCGAACGACAACUCUACUCUAAACGCAAUAUUGUUUGUUACAAUUAAUAUAAAAAGUAAAUAAAAGUAUGAAAAAAUCCACCUAAAGUGACGUUCAUAAGUUUAAUGUCGAACGGAAACGGGAGAAGUGUGUAAAAGUCAUAAGAAAAUGCAAAAUACGCAGUAACAGCAUAAUCAACCAGUGAGAAGUGAAGCGCGCGUAAAGUAAGAAGAGAGGAGCAACAACAACAACAGCAACAACGUAGACAGCCUCAGCAAAAAAGAACAAAAAAAUCUCCACAGCAGUCAGAGAAACGUGAGCGAGAGCUUGUGCGUGAGCGUGAGCAAGAGUGAGAGGUAGACAGACAGGCAAGCAAUCAAUCGAAAACAGCAUCCAAAUCGACUUCCUACCUGCCCCCAAUAGACCCCUCAGACGCAUACACACACCAGCACAAAAAAGUUAGUCAAAAGGAAGGCAAUAGCAGUUAUGGACUCGGAUAACGAUAACGAUUUCUUGGACAACGUUGACUCCGGCAAUGUAUCAUCUGGCGAUGAUGGCGAUGAUGAUUUUGCAAUGGAAGUGGAUAUGCCCAGUUCGACAGAACGGCAAUUGGAUACUGAUGACCAUCUAUAUAAGGUGCUAACCACAGAUGAGAUAGUGCAGUAUCAACGAGAGAUAAUCGAUGAGGUUAAUCGUGUGCUAAAGUUAUCCACGCCCAUAACAAGAAUACUGCUGAAUCAAUUCAAGUGGGACAAGGAGAAGCUGCUGGAGAAAUACUUUGAUGGCAUCGAUGAUAAUACAGAAGAGUUCUUCAAAUGCGCACACGUCAUAAAUCCGUUUAACAAGCCAGCCGAGUCCGUGCAGCAAAAGACCACACGGAGCCAGUGCGAGGAGUGCGAGAUUUGCUUCUCACUAUUGCCGCCAGAUUCCAUGACCGGCUUAGAGUGUGGUCAUCGUUUUUGCCUAAACUGCUGGCGGGAAUAUCUGACAACGAAAAUCGUUACAGAGGGUCUCGGGCAGAAAAUAUCGUGCGCCGCGCACGGCUGUGAUAUUUUGGUGGAUGAUGUGACCGUUACCAACUUGGUGCCCGAUGCACGGGUUAAGGUCAAAUAUCAGCAGUUGAUCACCAAUAGUUUUGUUGAAUGCAAUCAACUGUUGCGCUGGUGUCCGUCCGUCGAUUGCACCUAUGCCGUUAAGGUUCCAUAUGCGGAGUCGCGUCGCGUUGAUUGCAAAUGCGGACAUGUUUUCUGUUUUGCCUGCGGUGAAAAUUGGCACGAUCCCGUGCAGUGUCGUUGGCUUAAGAAAUGGAUUAAGAAAUGUGACGACGAUUCGGAGACGUCCAACUGGAUUGCUGCCAAUACCAAAGAGUGUCCCAGAUGCAGUGUCACCAUCGAAAAGGAUGGCGGUUGCAAUCACAUGGUAUGCAAGAAUCAAAAUUGCAAACAUGAUUUCUGCUGGGUCUGUCUCGGCUCAUGGGAGCCCCAUGGUUCAUCCUGGUAUAAUUGCAAUCGCUACGACGAGGACGAGGCGAAAGCGGCGCGCGAUGCACAGGAAAAGCUUCGUUCAUCACUGGCCAGAUAUUUGCACUAUUAUAAUCGAUACAUGAACCACAUGCAAUCCAUGAAGCUUGAGAACAAAUUGUAUUCGUCUGUUAAGCAGAAAAUGGAGGAAAUGCAACAGCACAAUAUGUCCUGGAUUGAGGUGCAAUUCCUGAAAAAGGCUGUCGAUAUACUCUGCCAAUGUCGUCAGACUCUCAUGUACACAUACGUCUUUGCGUAUUAUUUGAAAAAGAACAAUCAAUCCAUGAUAUUCGAGGAUAAUCAAAAGGAUCUGGAGUCGGCAACAGAGAAGCUGUCCGAGUAUUUGGAACGUGAUAUUACAUCCGAAAAUCUGGCUGAUAUUAAACAGAAAGUACAGGAUAAAUACAGAUAUUGUGAGAAGCGUUGCACAGUCCUGCUCAAUCAUGUGCACGAAGGAUAUGAAAAGGAUUGGUGGGACUAUACAGAAUGACGCGAGUCCUGGCUGGAUAAUUAAGGCAAAAUGCGAAAUCAGAGUGUAACUAGCAAUUGGCAUUAACAGUAGCAGUAGCAGAUAACAGUUAGCAGUUAGAAGUUAAGCAGUAACAGCCGUAACAACAACAGAAAGCAGUAGAGAUGAAAAAGAAAUAGGAGCAGAUGAUGUUGGAGAUGGAGAAUAAGGAUAAAAGCAGUGCAAGAAAUGAAUAAACGAAGUUAAAAAAAAAAAAAACAUUAAAUAAAAAUAAAAACUACACAUAGAGGCACGAUAAAUGGUUGGAUAAAGGAGGCAAGUGGAAGUUGGAAUUGGAGGAAUACAGAAAACAAAAUAAACAGAAAAACAUUAAACCGUCAAAAAA